UGUGAACGAAUCGCAUUUAGCGACCCUUUCAUUUACUAAUUGAAUCCUAAGCAGAAUGGACGCAAGAUUAGUAGUAUUUUUUCUUUUUUGCGUUUUUAGUUUCAUCAAUUCGGAAUAUGUAAAUAGGAAAUUCUGUAAAGAUGUGAACCCAAAUAAAUGUAGCAUACACAGUGUAAAAAUGGAUCCCUGUCCGGACGGUCCGGGAUUCUGUUUACUGAGACGAAAUAAACCAUACACUUUGGCAUUUGACUUCACACCACGUUUCGAAGCAAAUAAGUUGAUGCUGUCUAUCGUCAGUGACAACCAGAAUACAGGAUCAUUCGACACCGUUGUGACGCCUCCUGUCGACGCCUGCGAGUACUCCUCGUGUCCCCUGGAAGACAAUGUUAGACAAGUUAUGGAUAUCGACUUCGUUUAUGAAAAGAAGCAUUACGGUAAAUUUCCGAUACAAGUGAGACUUUGGAACGAGAACGACGAAACUGAAGCCUGUUGUUUUACUUUAAACGUCAACGUAUUUAAAUAAACUGCUUUAAUUAUAUUUAAAUUUGAAAGCCAUUUUAAGAAGAAGAAGAAGAAGAAUGUAUUUAAAUUUCGGUCCUUAAUCAUCAAAUAAAUACACAAAGAAUAACUGCUAAAAUUGGUCUAAAUACUUUAUA